AUGUCGACUUCUCAGCCUCCCCUGCGUUUCUCAUCCCACAAGUCCCUCACCUCUCGACUCGUCCUCUCGACCCUCCUUGGCCGCGCAGUCCGCAUCGACCAGAUCCGUCCCGACUCUCCUACGAAUCCAGGCCUUGCGCCGCACGAGAUUUCUUUCCUCCGCCUCCUUGAAGCCAUCACCAAUGGUUCACACAUCGAGAUCUCGUACACCGGUACUGUUGUCCUCUACAAACCCGGCCUAAUCACAGGGUCUGCUCCGGGCAGCGGUGCCUCGAGUUCAGGUGUUUUACAACAUGAAGUGCCCGCUAACAACACGCGCGGACUAAGUUACUUCCUUCUACCAAUAUGUCUGCUCGCACCAUUCAGCAAGACCAAAGUCGAUAUCCUCUUUACUGGUCCCGGCGUGAUCACCAGCUCGACUGAGAAAUGGGGCGACAUGAGUGUCGACGGCGUGCGGACAGCCAUUCUUCCGCUCUACGAGAGAUUCGGCAUUGAGCGGGACAUAGAGUUGAGGAUACUGAAAAGAUCGAACCCAGGGCCGCAUGGCGUGGGCGGCGCCGGAGAAGUCCAGCUUGUAUUUGGACAUCAAGUUCGAUUGCCGAAGACACUGCACUCAAUGAGCCCGGGACGUGUCAAGAAGAUAAGAGGUGUGGCAUAUUCUACAGGUGUGAGUGGAAGUAAUAACGCGAGAAUGAUCGAGGCGGCAAGAGGGGUUCUCAAUCAAUUUGUCCCAGACAUCUACGUCUUCUCGGAUAUUGGGAGUGCCAGUUUGGUGCCUGCACCGGAAAGGAACAAUCCCAGCGCUAAGAGGAAGGUCGGUCUGGGAUUUGGAUUGUCACUGGUCGCAGAAAGUACGACUGGUUGUCUAUACUCUGCAGAUUCGUCGAGUCCGCCUGAAGGCGGUAUACCGCCGGAGGAUAUUGGUCGAAUGUGCGCUUUUCAACUUCUCGAAAGCGUCGAACGCGGCGGCUGUGUGAGUCUCGAGGCCGCAUCAACUGUGAUCACUCUGAUGUCUAUGGGCUCUGAAGACGUGGGCAGAGUUCAACUUGGGCGCGAUGUGUUGGCAAAUGAGCAUACGAUACAACUAGCACGCGAUCUGAAUGCUUUUGGCGCUGCGGGAUGGGGCAUUCGAGAUGCCACCGGUGAGAAAGCGGAGGGCCAGUUGGUGGUCAGCAUCGUGGGGAGAGGAGUCGGUAAUGUUGGACGAAAGAUUGGUUGA